AUGUUAGGCGCACGACGUAAUAUCAUGGCCAGAAAAACUGUUUCAGCAGCUGUAAGAACAACGGCGCUGCACGUGAAGGCCCCAAUGGUGGCGUUAUUUUUUUCGAAUCGUUGUUGCAGUGUCAACCCAGCCGUCCCCAAGACGGGAGGGUCAGACGCCGCAGAAGUCGCGGCGAAAAGGAAGGCAAGACCUGCUUUGCAGAACGAUCACGACCAGUCCCAUGGGAGUUCCCUGUACAUGCCUUUCAUGGGAUCAUCAUCACGCUUCACAUUUGCCUCCCCCAUCACGACGAUAAGCGAUAUAAACGCGUUAGAAGGCGAACGAUUAACUCAUUCCCCACCUCAACGUUUUAGUGACCACUGUUGUAUUUAUCUUGUGAAACUUCUUCGGUGGUGCGCGGACAAACUUUUCCGCGAACGUUAUCUUCACCGUGCUACCAUGUUGAAGGUCAUUGCCCCCGCGCCGCCGCUGGCUGGUGCCAUGAUAAGCCAUCUUCGAAUGAUACUUAAAAAGGAGAAUCCAGCGUAUAUCCCUGGGAAAGGGGAUUUUGCAACAGAGACACGUGGACUUUUGGCGCAGGCGGAAUCACAUGCAUCUCAUAUUCGAAUUCUUAUGUUGUUGACCGAGAUUACAUAUGUGGAGCGCGUUGCAGCAGUGUUUUUGCAGGCGAUACAUUUUGCAAUUUUUGCCUUUCUUUUCUUGCUGUCUCCGCGGGUGGCUUUUCGUCUUAUGGGGUAUCUUGGGGAAGAGUCGGUGGUGAUUUGGACUCACAUGAUCAAUGACAUUGACUUUGGAAAGGUCACUGAACGAGCGUUACCGCAAGAUGCCAUUGAGUACUGGGGCCUACACAAGUUAAAAUACACAAGGGCCUCCGCGGCGGAUGUGAAGAGGUUUGAUGUACGUGAAAAUUGUGAUGAAGAGGCCACGACAGGAAAGCAUCAGCAGACAUCAGACGUACCAGAGGAGGAAGAAAUCACAUUGCGUGAUUUAAUUCUGUUGUUGCGUUCAGAUGAAAUGGUAUGGCGUGAGGCAUGCCACCGAAUGGCAGACGAAAUGAAUCUAAUUCGUAAGUCGUCUUUUAUGUCUUCAUUCCUAUCGUAA